UGGAUCUGGAACUUGGAACCACCUUCAAGCCGCCGAACAGUUCAUUGAGAAUCCCUUUGCCGAAACCUCACACCACCACCUAUCAACCACCCAUACCCAUCACAAAUAACCAACAUCAUGGACACAGGACUCUCAGCAUCAGAGCAGCGCGAGCUCGAGUCCCGCCUGCAGAAGCGCCAAGUCAAGGAGUUCAUGAACGUCUUCGGCAACCUGGUCGACAACUGCUUCAACGCCUGCGUCGACGACUUCACCUCCAAGGCCCUCUCUGGGCGCGAGUCGGGCUGCAUCAGCCGGUGCGUGACCAAGUCCAUGACCACCCAGACCCGCCUGGGCGAGCGCUUCGCCGAGCUCAACGCCGCCAUGACCGCCGACAUGCAGAAGCGGUAAGGGCUGGUAGGGGAAAAAAGGGAUAUGAGAUAGGGGGGUGGGAGGAGGGCGCUUUCUCUCUCUACUCAACGAAUAUGCCGACACAGGUAUCCUCGGGAUAUGAGGACUGGACUGUACAUUAUCAUCGGGACGCAUGACAAGGGGGAAGUCGAGCGGGAUUUGGUUAGGAGGGAUAUGGAUGGAUAGAUCGGGUUGGGCGGGGAGCUAUCUGUGUACCACUAUGGGGUUUAUGGGAUUUGCCGACCGUAGCUCUGUUAUUGUUUUUACAGGUUCGCAGAUCAACGGACAGGCAUGAGAAAACACACACACACACACAUUCUAAUCAAGACUCAACUCACACCCCACCAGACAAGGCAGGUGACAGCAUCCAAGACCGCCAAACCAUAAACUCGUUUUAUCGCCAAUAACCAGACAAGACAAGAAAAAGGAAAGAAAAAACCACCACUACUACUAACCCACACCA